AUGGAUGAAGUUAAGUGUAUGGAGGAGAUCAACCGUCACUGUCAAGUAAAUAAACUUACACUGCGUUAUGACACUGCUGGGAUGACCGGCCCAUCUCAUGACCCUGAGUUCACAGUUGUGGUCAAAUUAAGUGAUGUGGAAUAUGGUAGAGGCAUUGGUAAAAGUAAGAAAGAAGCAAAAAGAGCAGCAGCAAAGAAAACAUGGGAAAUGAUUAAGAAAGAGAGUUCUUCAAGUAUGGAUGCUGCAGCAUUAGCAACAACUCAAAGAACCUCAUCACCUGAACCAGACAGAGACUAUGUCAGCCAACUAAAUACCGUUUCACAAAGGGAACGGCUACACGUCGAUUAUCCUGAAAGAACUCGUAUUGGAGAUGACCAUGCUCCCAUAUUUUGUUGUAGCUGUACAAUUAGUGGUCGGUUAUAUGGAAAGGGCACUGGACCAACUCUAGCUGCUGCAAAACAAGCUGCUGCAAAACAAGCACUUGAGAAGUGGAAAGCUGAAAAAUCUAAUAGCAAUUCAACAUUUAGCACAUAUAGUGAUUCCUCUCAAGUGCCAACUCAAUCGGAUUCAAAUACAAAACCAUUUAAUUCGAACUUACAUUCCUUAAACUUCAGAUCAAAAUUUGUUAAAGACAUGGGAGUAUGUGAAAAGCUUUCACCUUCUGAGCAAAGUGCAGAGAGUUCUGCCCUGAAGGCCAAAAGAAAAUUGGCAGCUAAUUUUCCUAAUGUAAGAAAAGAGGAAGAGAACAAAAAUAUGUUAGAUUCAGAUGAAAGCUUGCCAGAUGUGGACAUGAACACCAGAACCAUCACUGUUGAUAAAAUAUUUCUUAAUCAUUUUGAAAAUAUAGAGCCUAUUGGUGAAGGUGGUUUUGGGAAUGUUUUCAAGGCAAGAUCAAAGUGCGAUAAGAUAACCUAUGCAAUCAAACGAGUUGAAUUCACAAAGAAUGUAAGCCGUGAAGCAGAAGGACUUGCAAGACUUAGACAUGAAAACAUAGUGCGGUAUCAUUGGAGCUGGACAGAACACGACCGUAUAUCUAAUUCAUUUGCAAGCUCAAAUUCAGACAAAACAACUCUCUGUCUUUUCAUCCAAAUGGAAUUCUGUGAAAAAGGGACCUUGGAAAAGUGGAUUAGCGAGAAUAGAGAAGAUAAACACUAUCAUGAAAUGGCACAAGACAAAUUUUUACAAAUAGUGAAAGGAGUGGAAUAUAUUCAUUCUGAAAAGUUAAUUCAUCGAGACCUCAAGCCUCUGAAUAUAUUCAUAUCAAAUGAUGAUAAGAUAAAAAUAGGUGACUUUGGUCUUGUGACUUCUGCGGAAUAUAAGACUCUGACUGAGAACACAGGAACAAAAUCAUAUAUGGCACCAGAACAGUUCAGUGACAGCUACGGAAAGGAAGUGGAUAUUUAUGCACUGGGAUUAAUUUGGUUUGAAAUUCUUUCAGCAUUCACUAAUCAUGAGAAAAGUGAGGUAUGGCCUUCUGUUAGAAAAGGUGAUCUUCCAGGGAGCUUCACCAAAAAAUUUCCACCAAAGGCAUCCAUAAUCAAAGGGAUGCUUUCAAAAGACCCUUUCAAGAGACCCUCUGCAUCUCGAAUACUUGAUCUUGUUAAGUCCAUUGAUAAAGAGAAGUCACGUGGAAAUUAUACUUAUUAAAUGCCUUUUUAAAAGGCUUUCAGACUCUG